ACGGGCAGAUAGCAGGCAGGGAGAGCAGAGGCUUCAGAGAAAUGAGAAUGAGCGUCCUAACGGAGCAGGUCUGCUGGGAGAGUCCCUCCUAAUGUAAGAAGAGCGCUGAAGCUUUGGAUGCAGUCCACUCCACAUCUGUCAGCCGUGCAAAAUGUCCGAUUUUGAGGAUUUCAGCCGGUCAGGAGGGCAGGCUAAUGCAUCUGAAAGCUACCAGCUGAACCCCACCAGCGUGAUCGUGUCAGUGGUCUUUUCCCUCAUCUUCCUGCUGGGCACCAUCGGGAACAGCUUGGUUCUCGCAGUGCUGCUGCGGAGCGGACAAGUCGGAUACAACACAACUAAUCUGUUCAUACUCAACCUGAGCGUGGCUGAUUUCUUCUUCAUCAUCUUCUGCGUUCCUUUCCAAGCCACCAUCUACUCCCUGGAGGGAUGGGUGUUUGGCUCCUUCAUGUGCAAAGUGGUCCACUUCUUCAUCAACCUCACCAUGUAUGCCAGCAGCUUCACACUGGCUGCUGUGUCAGUUGACAGAUAUCUGGCCAUACGCUACCCACUGCGCUCCAGAGAGUUAAGAACCCCGUGUAACGCUGUGGUUGCCAUGGUGGUCAUCUGGGGUCUUUCCCUGGUCUUCGCCGGUCCAUAUCUCAGCUACUAUGACCUGAUUGUUUACGCCAACAGCACUGUGUGCAUCCCCGGCUGGGAGGAACAGAACCGGAAGGUCCUUGACACGUGCACCUUCCUCGUUGGAUACAUCGUCCCCGUGCUGAUUGUGAGCCUCUCCUACACUCGAACAAUCAAGUACCUCUGGACAGCCGUCGACCCUCUAGACGGCAUGUCGGAAUCCAAGAGGGCCAAACGUAAGGUCACCAAAAUGAUCAUCAUCGUCACGGUGCUCUUCUGCAUAUGCUGGCUGCCCUACCAUGUGGUGAUACUCUGCUAUCUGUAUGGAGACUUCCCCUUCAAUCAGACCACGUACGCCUUCAGACUCCUCUCUCACUGCAUGGCCUACGCCAACUCCUGCGUCAACCCCAUCGUGUACGCCCUCGUGUCCAAGCACUUUCGCAAGGGCUUCAAGAAAGUCUUCAGCUGCAUCCUCAUCAAGAACGGGAGAAACAAGGUGCACGUCGUUCACGUGGCCAACACCGGGCCCGGCUUUGAGGCGGGCUCCACGGAGGUGUCGCACAUGAACGAGGAGCACGGGCGACAGAACGAAUGUGAAAUGAUCAACAGGCCGAGGAGAGUGGAGCCACGAGAGGCCACGGUCAGCCUAAAUCUGCCCUAUCAGCACUCAACUUGACAAAGGAUCCAGCUUUGCUGACAUGACAUGUGUGCAGAUUGCCUUAUAUAAAAGACUUUCCAGUUACUAUGUUAAUAAUAUAUGAAUAUCUUAUGAAAAUAUCCAAUGUUUUGGUGGCAAACUGCAAGAACAACAGGAGGAAUAUGAGGAAAAAUAAUGUAUUACCAAGCAAGCGGCAGUUGGUUCAAUAUGAAUAUUUUUACGCAGUUGUCACAUCCCACUUUACAAAUGCAGAAAUUGACAUGGGUUAGUCAGAAAUUGCAUACAUUUCUGAUGUUUUUUCUCUACUCUUUGCCUUAAUAUUGGCUUGUACUUAAUGUAAAUGAAAGACUGAGUGAUUCACACUUCAAAAGCGGCAAAGGAAUGUCUUACUCAGCUGUUUUGAGCUUUUGCUUUAAUCGGCCAGUUCCAAAGAUGCUGAGAGGUUGUCAGCUGUGGAGGGAUGUCCAAAUAGGCCUUUGUUGUUCUGUUUGACUUCUACCAAGAUCCCAAGAUCUAAUGAAGACUAACGCUCAUGCGAACAGCUCAAGAGGAACAGCAAAGCGGUGCAACACUUCCUCGUCUAAUCUGUGCAUGUCGAUGAUGACAAUCAAUAAGCCGGUUAACUCCACGCCACAACAUUUUCUACCCCGUGUACAAGUGUAGCUCGCACGUCCAGGAACUUCAGCCUGUUAGGAAAUCUUUUCUUGAUAUAAGCUAAACUACAGCUGUCUGACUUUACCUUCAUGACCAGUUCUGAACCUCCUUGUCAGUUUUCAAAUUGUUGUUUUGAUGGAGCAGAGUGCUUGCUUUAUAUCUUGCAUGCUGAUGCUGUUCUUAGGUGUCAAUAUAUUAUUUGUAUGAACAUAUUAACUAUGUAAAGUAUAUGAAACUCAAUUUGUGCAAAGGAGAUACAUAAUUGUACUUUUACACCUCCAGAGAAAUCUUUAAAAUGGUGCCAACUGAGUUUACUCAGGCAAACGAUGAGGAGGCGAGAACCUAAGUGUAAACAUUUUCUUACUUUACUCAUUGAGGUUGUGUACACGGCAUGUUUCUCUUUGGUGUAAAAUAUUCUGCAUUAAAAUUAAUAUGUUUAUCAGUGGGUGCAAUUCUGUAUUACAGAGUUAUAUAUGUGUGCAUUAACAUUUUAAAGCUGUGAAAUGAUAAACAACCAUUUGCACACUUUUGCAGAUCACAUCCUUGGUUUGUCUUUGUUUAGAGCUGUAAAAAGCCUUGCGUUUGAGUUCUGUCUUGAAUGUUUCCACUUAAGCUCUUAGGUUUGUAUAAGAUGCAAUUUGCGGCUUGGGUUUCUUUCCGUAUAGAUUGUUUGUCGUUUGCAUAGUAUUCCCACAGUGUGUUUUGUCCACUGAAUCUGUGGUACUUAGACAUCUCAUUGUUAUGUUUCACCAGACAGGAUUUUCAAUGGUGGCUCUGCAAAUGUCAAAUAUUAUGUUAUUGUUUAUAUCCAAAUGUGCAACGAAAUGUAAUACAUGCUUUAAUGUCCAAAUAAACUAUUUCUGCA